AAAGCUGACCUCCAAUUCCUCACCACAUCAUUUCCAUACCUUGUUUCAUGUUUGAUCAUAGCUUCUCCAUAACUUUUAAUUUGAUGCCUCACAACGGAUGGCUCCAACUUAUAAAAGACAGGCCAAACUAGUUGAUUCUUCUUUUGUUUGCACUCAAGAAUCUUUACAACUUCAUCGAGACACCAGGGGGAGUCUGCAAAGUUUUUAGAGAAAAUAAUAAUUGAAAGUUUUGAGUUUUCAAUUGCCCCCAUGAGAACUUGUGAAAUGGAGUCCCCUCUCUCUAACCCUCGAUCAUCCAUGAAGACAUUGAAUGCCUCUUGAUGCAAAGCAUUAUAGAGAUUACCUGUAAAGCCGUAUCUAGUAUCCUCACCUCUAAAGCUGAGAAAUAUCUGGUAAUGCUCCCUUGUAUAUCCCACAUCCUGAGAUCGGAGGGGAAAUUCUGAAUAACGUUUGACAAUCAGCAUCCUUGUUUCUGCUAUCUUGUUAUUGUACCAAUCAAAAUUCUUUUCAGGAAUUUUUUCUACUAAUUGCAGUUUGAUCUCUGCUAAGAAUUUAUUCACUUCAUUUAUCCGCUCAUAAAGGUCUUUCUUGAAAUUAUUAGCUUGAACAUCAUAAUUUGGCAAACCAUCAGCAGUUAACAUGUCAACUAAUUUCAUUCUAAUCAGCGACCUUAUUUCACAACGGAGUUCUUCAUGUAACAGAAGUGGUUCCACAUCUUGAGAUUGGAGAGAAAAUGCUGGUUCACAUUUGUCAAAUAUCGCCUUUGUUUCUGAAAUCUUCUGACGGUACCAACCAGAUUUCUUCUCAGGAUUUUUUUCUUGUAAUAGCAGUUUGAUCCCUGUUAAGAAUUCAUCUAUUUGCUGCUCAAGAUCUUCACUGAAUUUAUCUUCUUGAUCAAAAGUAGACAACGUCUGAGCACAAUAAUAUAUGUUAAGCAGCGACGUUAGUUCACAGGAGAGUUCUUCACGUAAAGAAAGUGGUGCCGCAUCUUCAGAUCCAACAUCUUGAGAUGAGCUUGCUCUUCGAAAAGAAAAAUUUGGUCCACGUUUGGCACGUAGCUUCCUUGUUUUUGAUAUCGUGUUAUAGCACCAAAGGGGAUCCGCCUUAACAGUUCCACCUUCAAAUUCUGGUUGGGUCUCGGCUAAGAAUUUAUCCACUUCAUUUAUCCACUCUGCAACUUCAUCAAUUUUUUCAUUUUGAAAACUUUCGAAUACAGAAGCAAUGGUACUCUCUUCACUUUGCUUAAAAGUCAGCUCCGUCAUUUCACAGAUGGCUUGUAGAUAUAACGAAGGCUUGAAAUUCUGCUCCAUCAUCAAAAUUGAUGUACCUUCUUCUAAUCAAAGAUGUUGCUGCUGCACCAAAUCAAGAUCGAUCUUUUUGGAAAUGACCGGGGGCACCUAG